UCUGGGGUAAAUGUCGGAGUGUUUGUGCGGAGUCACGGUCGGACUCUCCCCGGUAUUACAUAAGCUCAGUCCGGCCGAGUAGCUCCUCCCGGUUCUCCCGCCGCUUCGCCUCCGAACCGACGGACCAGGAGCCACAGAGAUGGGCGAGAAGCAGGAGAAAAGCCCCGAAGGAGUGAAGUACUUCAGGCUGUCAGAGAUCGAGGAGCAGAACUCCUUCAAGUCCACCUGGAUCAUCAUCCACAACAAGGUCUACGACGUCACCAAGUUCCUGGACGAGCAUCCCGGAGGCGAGGAGGUUCUGAGGGAGCAGGCGGGGGGCAACGCCACGGAGAGCUUCGAGGACGUCGGCCAUUCCACCGACGCCAGGGAGAUGGCCGCCAGCAUGGUGAUCGGAGAGCUGCACCCGGACGACCGACACAAGAUCGCCAAGCCUGUGGAAACGCUGGUUACCACGGCGAAGGAGGACGGCAGCUGGUGGUCCAAUCUGAUCAUCCCCACUCUGGCAGCCGGCAUCGUGACUCUGAUGUACCGCAUGUACACCACCGACAGCGAGUGACAUCAUCGUCUGAGCGCUGUGAUGUCAUCCAGCGUAGAGCGGCGGUUCUAGAGCGGACGACUGGCCGCUGUGGACCAACAGCAUCACAUUCCCUCAGUCUGAUCUAGGAUCCACGGCUCUAUGCUGCGCCGCCAUGGCAACUCUGAAUUAACCAGAAUUUAACCAACCAAUCACAUGACUCUAUGAUCCAAUGAAGUCCUUCCUGCCGGGCAUUUCCGAUCCAGAUGUUCAGCAGAACCUCAUGAUCUUGCACUGGAUGUAUAAUUAGUUUUUAUAUCUUCAUAACUGAAUGUGAACGAGUUCCUGUCAGUCAGCAGCUAAUGUUGGGUCCAAUCUGGGUCCAGUUUGGUUCUGGUGACAUCAGUCUGAUGGGUGUUUCUCUCCAGAACCGCCGUCCCGACUCGUUCUGCACUAAUAAAACUCUUAAACUGAUGAAA